UUGUGUGGAUUUCAUUAUAUUUUACAAGUAUAUCAAUCCAUAUUGGACUUCACAAAUAUACUAAUAGUAUAGCACCAUCACAAAGAUUGAUAAAAUAUGUUAUUUUAUUCGAAACAUAUGUUAACUUAAUUUCGAUGGUUGUUAACGUAGUACUUUCAGCAAAUAAAAGUAAACAUUUUUUUAAAAUAUUUGAUUCAUUUUAUCGAUUUGAUGAGCUUGUACUACAAGUCCAUUGUUCAUCGAAUUAUAAGGCACAACAAUUUUACUUAGUAUACGUCUUACUAAUUGGGACUUACCAUAUAACUUUCACAUAUUAUUUUUAUAAUUAUAAUUUUUUCAUAUUAUUUAUGUGGAGUUUGAUCACUUUAUUGACAAUGAUAACAGUAUUACCAUAUAUUAUAAGUAUAAGAAUGUUAAGAGACAGAUACAAACUAGCCAACUUAGUAUUUAAAAACAAUUUAAGCAAUCCAACUGCAACUAUUACUACAAAAUGUUUCUAUCCGACCGAAAUACACAAUUUAUUUAUUGAACUACGGAAUUUGACAGAAAAAGUAAAAACAUAUUAUGCUUUUCACGCAUUGCUAAUCAUCAUCGAAUCAGUUUUACUUAUUGCUUCAAACGUAACAAAAUUAGCAUUUAACUACACCAACAACAUUAACACAAGCUUAGCAUUCAACAGAUUAGCUUUAGUAUUUUAUAUUUUGAAGAUGAUAUUUAUAUUUUUCAUCGUUCGAGAAGCGCAUAAUACUAUACAAGAAUCAAAAAAAACCGUUUUGAUCGCCCAUGAUAUACUUCGUACUACGACAAAUACUGGGAUUAUCAAAGAAUUUGAAGUAUUUGUAUUGAGUCGUUGGAACAACCCAAUCAUAUUUGAUGUGUAUGAUUUUUUUGAUUUGGACUACAAACUCCUUCAGUCAAUAAUUGCAUCCAUCGUCACGUAUAUUGUAGUUUUGGUUCAAAUUCAGUUGGCAAUAUCCAGUCAAUAACAAAACAAAAAAAAAAAAAAUUAAAAAAACUAGUUUUACCUACGUAGUAUAAUGAAUAUUAUAUGAUUUUCAUAAUUUUAG